GAUCCAUCGCAGAGCACAGUGCAGAGCGCCUGGCAGCCUGCCAAACCUGCUGCCAUCGUCGCGCGCUCAAGCUAGCUAGCUCCCUGCGGCCACAGGGCAGCCAUGUCCAAGGCCUUCGCCAAGUCCCUCUCCCAGCUCAACAGGGCCCUCAUUAGGAGGCUCAACGCCCUCGUCAUCCGCGCGCAGCCGCCUCCGCCGGGGAGGCCGGAUGGGCACGUCGCGGCGGUGACGCUGGACGCGCUCCCGGUCCCGGCAGGCGGCGGCGCCGCCGUGUGCAAGGUCGAGGGCGGCCUGCUCAGGUCCUCAUCCGCCUUCCCGUACUUCAUGCUCGUGGCGCUGGAGGCCGGCGGCCUCCUCAGGGGCAUCCUCCUGCUCGUGCUCUACCCUGCCCUGCGCCUGCUCGGCCACGGCUGCGCGAUCAAGGCCAUGGCCGUCGUGAGCUUCCUCGGGCUGAGGAAGGACGCGUUCCGGGCUGGCAGGGCGGCGCUUCCCAGGCUGUUCCUGGAGGACGUGAGCGCCGAGGUGUUCGACGCGACGGUGGCGCCGACGGCGUCGCCGCACCGGCGGCGGCGGUGCGUGUGCGUGAGCGCCAUGCCGCGGGCGAUGGUGGAGCCGUUCCUGAAAGACUACCUCGGCGUCGACGCCGUCGUGGCGCCGGAGAUGAGGGUGUUCAGGGGGCGCUACCUGGGCGUCAUGCAGGGUGAAAGCGAGGUGCUGCGAGGGCUGGACGUGGAGAAGAUGAUCGCCAUGGCGGAGAAGGGCGGUGAUGGCAGUGACGUGGUUGGCGUUGGUGGGCUUGGGUCAUCGUUUGUCCAGCUCUUCCAAAAGCAUUGCAAGGAGGUGUACGUGCCUACCGAGUCAGCGCGGCGGCGGUGGCACGCGCUCCCUCGGCGGCGCUUCCCGAAGCCGCUCAUCUUCCACGACGGCCGCAUCGCGUUCCGGCCGACGACCGCCGCGACGCUCGCCAUGUUCAUGUGGCUGCCGCUGGGCGCGGCGCUCGCCGUCGUCCGCAUCGCCUCCUUCAUCGUCCUCCCGUUCUCCCUCUCCGUGCCCCUCCUCGCCGCCCUCGGCAUGCACAGCCGCCUCAUCGCCAACGCCUCCGCGGCGGCCACCAACCUCUUCGCCUGCAACCACCGCUCCCUGCUCGACCCGCUCUACGUGGCCGCCGCCGCCGGGCGCGCCGACCUCGCCGCGGCCACCUACAGCAUCAGCCGCCUCUCGGAGGUCCUGUCGCCGAUCCCCACCUUCCGGCUCACCCGCGACCGCGCGGCGGACCGCGCCGCCAUGCAGGCGAAGCUGUCCCGCAGCGGCGGGCUCGUGGUCUGCCCCGAGGGCACCACCUGCCGCGAGCCGUUCCUGCUGCGGUUCAGCCCGCUGUUCGCCGAGCUCGGCCGCGACGUGACGCCGGUGGCGCUGCACUCGGCGGUGGGCAUGUUCCACGGCACGACGGCGGGGGGCUGGAAGGCGCUGGACCCGCUGUUCCUGCUCAUGAACCCGGUGCCCGCCUACAUCGUGCAGUUCUUGGACACCGUCGAUUGCGGCGGCGGCGGCCCGGAGGCGGCGCGCGCCGUGGCGAACGAGGUGCAGCGGCGGAUCGCGGAGGCGCUGGGGUACACGUGCACGGGGCUGACGAGGAGGGACAAGUACCUCAUGCUCGCCGGCAACGAAGGCAUCGUCGACGUCGACCACGGCGCCAGGAAGAAAACCGCUUACUAGUAGUGUGAUUGCAGGCUUCAGCGAAGGAUUGCAAAGAGAUUGAAUCAAAGCAUUUUGUGAUAUUCCGUGUUAUAUAUGAUCUGUAUAUACUCAACUCAGGGUAGUGUAUUGCAAAAGUCACGUGUGCGUGUAAAAUUUAACGGAAUUCAUAGAGAUGUAAGUUGGAUACCCUUUUUUUCGUUUUUGAGGUGAAAUUAAGCUUUACAUCGUUUUGAAUUCAAAUACUGUCUGCCUUGUUUGGGA